GGUUGACAUGGCGGAGAACCCGCAGGGCGGCGGUGCGGCUUGUUCGCAGCACCCAGUCCCUAGUGCGAGCCACGGCAGCUUCCCAGAGUACGAGCUUCCGGAGCUGCACACCCGGGCGUUCCACGUGGGCGCCUUUGGGGAGCUGUGGCGCGGCCGGCUCGGGGCCCGGGAUUUGUCGCUGAGCGAGCCGCAGGCAGCCGGGCAGCCUGCGGACCGAGGGGCGUCGGACAACAGCUUGGAGGAUGCUGCGGUGGCCCGGGAUCUGGGCUGCAGUCUGGAGGCGGCGGCAGAGCUGAGGGUCGUGUGCGGCCUUGAUAAACUGAGAUGCCUCGAAGAAGAUGAAGACCCGGAAGUCAUCCCCGAGAACACUGAUCUGGUGACUUUAUGUGUUAGGAAGGGGCUCCUGAACUAUCGAGAAGAAAACAUCACAAUAGAUCGCGCCUGUAGACAAGAAACAUUUGCUUAUGAAAUGGAAUCUCAUGCACUUGGGAAAAAACCUAAAAAUCCAGAAGACAUGAUCAAAGAAGGGGAGCUCAUCUUAUCUGUGAACAUCUUAUACCCUGUUAUAUUUAAUAAGCACAAAGAACACAAGCCAUACCAGACAGUGUUGGUACUGGGCAGUCAGAAGCUAACCGAACUGCGGGAUUCAAUUUGCUGUGUCAGUGACCUCCAGAUUGGUGGAGAAUUCAGUAGCACUCCAGACCAAGCCCCGGAGCAUAUCAGCAAAGACCUAUACAAAUCAGCCUUUUUUUAUUUUGAAGGAACCUUUUACAAUGACAAAAGGUACCCAGAAUGUAGAGACUUAAGCAGAACUAUUAUAGAAUGGUCAGAGUCCCAUGAUCGAGGAUAUGGAAAAUUUCAGACCGCUAGAAUGGAAGACUUCACAUUUAAUGACUUGAAUAUUAAACUUGGCUUUCCUUACUUAUACUGUCACCAGGGAGACUGCGAACAUGUUGUUGUUAUUACAGACAUAAGGCUUGCGCAUCACGAUGACUGCUUGGAUAGAACACUUUAUCCCCUUCUUACCAAGAAGCAUUGGCUGUGGACCAGAAAAUGUUUUGUUUGCAAGAUGUAUACAGCUAGAUGGGUGACAAACAACGACACCUUUGCACCAGAGGAUCCAUGUUUCUUUUGUGAUGUCUGUUUCAGAAUGCUCCAUUAUGAUUCUGAAGGCAACAAACUAGGGGAAUUCCUUGCUUAUCCUUAUGUUGACCCAGGAACCUUUAAUUAGUACCACAUAUAUAUAUUUUAUAUACUAAAGUUUAGUUAAUAUAUUUCAUACUUAUUAUACAGUGGGUUAUUUUUUCUUGUGGCUUUUUACUUAUGUUGUUUAUGUUACUGAGAUGUAGAAAUACUUUUUUUGUAUUCUGAAUAUAUAAACAUUGUUGGAAACCAGCUUUUGAUUCUUGUCUCUGACUCCUAUGCAUUCUGUACCCGAAUGGGUUUUGCUAAUGGUAGAAUGCAGCUGACAAUACAUCAAGUCUAGUAGUCCUUUAAAGAAAUCUGUGAAGGACAUGAGAGCUACACCUCCUACUAUGAAGCUUCCAAGGUUUAACUUAAAUUCACUGAAUCUUCUCCAGAUGGCUAAGAACAGAUCAGUAAACCAGAGACCUACACAUCUGUUUAAAGAUUGUGAAGCAUGUUUCAUGGACUUAAAUGCACAAAUACAAUUAUGGCAACUGACAUGGAGAUGACAAGUGCCUAUAUGUGGUAUGUCUAAAAGUAUUCUUGUUUAGUAAUGUAGCCAACACAGGUCAUUUACUCUCCAGGGCUAAUUUACAAUGUGCCCAAAUUUCUUACUUUCCUGUAUUGAGUAAUAUUAACAUUAAGUACACUGAGAAUUCUACUUCACAAUCAUACACUAAUAAUGAAUGAAUGAUUUACUCAAUUCCUAGAUUAAUAUGGCAAUUCUUGUGGGUCUUGUUCAUAUUCUCCCAAAGUAAAUUACAGGAAGUUAGUUAUCCCUAAUACAUAUGUAAUGCCAAUUAUCCCAUUUUAAUAGACAAAGAUGACAGAUAACAGAUAAACAUUAUUAUAUGGAAUCCUUAUUUAUUAAGAAUGCUAUUCUACUUCUUUUUUUACCCACAGUUCACAUGCCUUCCAUUUCUUUGAUGGUAGAAAUAAGGAAAGGCUCACCAGGUUACUGUAAUUAUCUAUUAUUUAGGUAUCCCAACUGGUUCACAUGAAAAGAAUUUCAACUUUAUAGUUACAUGUUGUAAAGCCCCUAACUUCAAACAGUUUUUCUUCAUGCCAGUAUAUCUUUUAAAUACAACAUAACAAUUAAAUUUCAUGUGUCACUUUAAGGGCAGAGGUAAAUAUGAAUGGCACAACCUUAUCAGUGAAAAUUCCUAUAGAUAUUCCUGCACAAGACUGCUGUAUAGAAAAUAGCUGUUUCCUCAAGCAUCUUGCUUAUACUUCACAAUUCUUUUAAGGAUAAUUACACCUUGUAACUUUAUAGCAGGGCACUCAUCACUAAUAUCUGUUGGUGAAUCACGCGACACAAAUUUAAGCACAUUUUGCUAUUUGCAGUAGAUAGUAGUCUAUUCUCUGACCAAUGGAAUAAAGUUUGUUAGCUGAAGCCUUUGCUCUGCAUACAGGAGUAAGUGGCAGACUACAUCCCCACCUGGCACUUUUUAAUCAGGUCAGUGGAUAUAAACAGGAACAUUUUUAGUGUGCCACAUCACUGACUGGGUAAAAAUCCAUCAUGCUAUAGAAUUUCUAGCUAGAAUAGCAUAUAUGGUCUAACGAGCUCUGGUGAAUUGUUUGUACAUACGGACUUGCAAUCAGAAUCUUUCAUUAAGGUGGAAUAUGUAAAAUUGAUCCAAACAACUGGGAAAAACACCAAAAUGGGUAUCCAUACAUGCAUAUUACACAUGCAUACUAUGCACACUGGGGAGGUGGUAGGUUUAAUGCAAUUUUGUUUAGAGUUUCCAGAGUGAUAGCCUGCCUGUGACAGACAGUUCCAAAGCACACAGACCCCUACCUAAGAAGGUACAUGACUAGAAGAACGCUGCUAGCACUGAGUGGGACACUGUAGCUGACACCUGUUGUCAGUGAAGAAUGGGAAGUCCACAGAGGCAGGUGACAGUGCUUCCCUGAGCUUACUACUGCAUACCUCCUCUAUCCCCUAACAGGACCUCAGUGGGGGCUAAGGACGACACUACUUCCUUAGCAGGUGAUCUAGAAUUCUUCCAGUAGUUCUUCUCAAUUAGCAGUAAUAAUAAUUUACUAAUAGAGUUUGGUAGAAAAAAUUUUAAUUAAAACAAGUUUACACAUUUGACACUUAUGGCUUAACUAGAAUAAUUUUCAUUCAAGCUAAAAAUGUACUAAGGACAAAACAGAAGAGUGGUGUAGAUAAUGUACAGCAUUUGCCCCAAACAGUAGUUCAAUAAGAGCAAAAGUUCAAUUACUGAAUAAUUCAAAGUCCUUUACAUAAGUGAAAAUAAUUAUGAGACGUCAAGGCCAUAUAUAAA